GUUUUCUUACUUCACCCUCAUUCUAUUACUUACGCUUAUCAUGCAGUUCUAACCAUUAGCUUGCAUUUAUAUCGCAGUCAUGACAUCCGUAUGUCAUCCAUCAUGAUCCGUCUCGAUCAAUCUCGACUGUGUGAGACGAUGCAUAACUUAUACCCACCACUUUCUCUGCUCUCUAACCUUAAGCUUCUUUCUUCCCUGUACUAUUGGCAGUAGCAUGGCUGGACCGCCUUCCGACCUAUAACAUCCGCCCUUAUCCCUAUGUGCGCUAUUCUGCUUUUUGUUUCAUCCAUUUAUAACUCCAUUUGUUGUUCUUCCCCCAACUUGUUCUUCUGAAUGACGUAUUUGAGUUCAACACCUGUCCACACUCGGUUCUUCGUCGCAUCUGACACCCAUGCAACCUCCUUAAUGGCUAUAUUCUGCGGACAACAAUCCGUACUGCCCGUCAUUGACGAAACGUUACAACACAUGGCACCUUCUUAAUUCCGCGGCGAGUUUAUUAGUUUUCGUGUUUCAGUCUAUUACAAUAGGUUUGUUGAUGAUCGAGAAGGAAGUAAGUUACACAUGCGACGGGCUUACAUUAUUCGUACCGAACGAACGCAUCCCUGGCAAGACAUGAAACGUUCAUCUGGUAAGACAUAAGAAGCUCAGAUGAAUGCCUAUAAACAGCACGUUACGCCCCACAUCCUCUUCAGCUACAUCGCAUUGCCACACAAUGACCGAGAACAGUGACCUACCAUUUACUUCUCUCCUCAUAGAUGGCCAAUACUAUCCCGCAAGCUCUGCUAAAUCCUUCUCAGUCCGCAACCCGUACACAAACAACAUCGUCGGCUAUGCAGCUUCUGCCACCUCACAGGACUGCACCAAUGCGUUAACCUCUGCAGGCCGAGCUUUUCCCUCAUGGGAGGCCACACCUCACUCUCAACGUCGUGACAUCUUCCUUAAAGCCGCCGACUUGGUUUCGACGACCCGGUACAAAGAGAAGAUUACGAAGGCAAUGAGGGAGGAAACCGCGGCUACAGAUUCAAUGGUGUUCAUGAAUAUUCGGAGAGUGGGGGAACAGUUGAAGGACGCGGCGGGGUUAGUUAGCGGACUGAAGGGUGAGACGUUCGCGAGUGCUCUUCCUGAGGGGUACGUCGUUGUGCAGAGAAGAGCUAUGGGUGUCAUAUUUGCUAUAUCGCCUUGGAACGUGCCUGUAAUACUCACCAUACGAGCGGUAGCGGUGCCUAUAAUUUGCGGCAACACCGUGGUAUUGAAGUGUUCCGAAAAGAGUCCACGAUCCCAAAGCAUCGUAGCAGAACUCCUGAAAGAGGCUGGACUUCCUCCUGGCGUACUGAACUUCGUCUCCAUGGACAGACAAGAUGCACCUGAACUGACCGCAGAGAUUAUUGCCCAUCCUCUGGUUCGCAAAAUCAAUUUCACAGGAAGCGAUGGAGUUGGGAAGAUCAUCGCAGCGGAAGCUGCCAAGUACCUCAAACCAUGUGUGUUUGAGCUGGGCGGGAAAGCACCCGUAGUGGUCCUCGAUGACGCAGACAUGGAGAAAGCCGCGCGCGCCAUUGCCUCAUCCACAGUCCUUCAUUCCGGCCAACUAUGCAUGUCAACUGAACGAGUGAUCAUCCAACGACAGAUUUCCACUAUCCUCAUACCUGCUCUAAUCAAACUCCUCUCUUCAGUGAAAGCCGGAGACCCGUUGACCGAUCGCGAGGCAAAGCUGUCUGCUCUGUUCACGGAGGACAGCGCCCGGAACGUGAUAAGUAUGAUCGAAGAGGCAAACGCUGCCGGUGCGACAGUUUUGCUAGGUGACGUGAAGAGGGACGGUGCUGUUGUUCAGCCACACAUCCUUAACGGGGUGAAGCCUGGCAUGAGAUUGUGGGAUAAAGAGUGUUUCGGGCCAGUCAUUGUGAUCGCUGUCGCAGAUACGUUGGACGAGAUUGUUGAUCUGGCCAACGCGUCAUCCUACUCACUGAUGGCAGGAUUAUGGACCAGAGAUGUAAAUGUGGCAUUGGGCGUAGCGGCGCGAAUUCGAGCAGGAUGUACGAACAUCAACGGACCAACGGUGCAUGUUGAACCCCAGCGAGGAUAUGCAGGACUUGGAGGUGCCUCGGGUUAUGGACAUUUCGACGUUGACAACUUUACCGAUGCCCGGAUGGUCGUCGUGCACCCGUCAGAGGAGAGGGCCUAUCCUGUGGUAGGAUAGAGACUGUUAAUAAAGUGACUGUAGAUGAAGGUCCUGUGAAGGAACAUUGUUCCAUAGAGCGUGGCUGUGCAAGUCUAGUGAGAGA